GCAUUUGCAUUUUACUGUUGAAGUCGAAUGCGAUUCACGAACUGAGAUUUCGAUUAAUAAGUAAUAAAACACGAACAGUAAUAUCAUAUUUAUAAAUGAAAGUUUAAGUAAAAUACGCUGUUUACCGUUUUAUGUGCUAGUGAGAAAAUAUUGGAGGUGUUUUAAAUUAAGGAUCACCCGCUGCGACCAUUUCACCGGUGGCAGUACGCGUCAUGUAAUUACGUUUUAGCGGUGGGUAAUUGACACUGUACCAGAUGUUAUUUAUGAAAAUAGAAGUUUUGGAAUGACUUGUGAACGGGAGCGGCUUGGCGCGGCGUAGCGGGCGGGCCGCGCCAUGGGUAACAAGUGCUGCAGCCGCCGCCACGACCCCGACCGGCCCCUGGUAUACCCAGCGUACAAGAAGAACGAAGCAGGCUUCACGACCUGCCCCUCGCUGGAGACGCGCUACACCGGCGAGCCCAACAACCGCGCCGUGACCCGCCGCCCGGCCGACAUCGUGCGCACCAGGAACCCUGGGGCAUGUAUAUCGAACGGUGGUCGACGUGUAGUGAAAGCACUAUGCGCGUACACGGCUCGAGCAGAGUCCGACAUCUCCUUCCGGAAGGGAGACCGUAUGGAGGUGCUGAGCGACGCCGAGCCCGACUGGUGGCGGGUCCUGCACCUGUCCACCAGGCGGGAAGGAUUGGUGCCGGCUAACUUCGUGGCUGAAGAGAGUUCGGUGGAGUGUGAAGACUGGUUUUUCCCGCACGUGUCAAGAAAGGAGGCUGAUAAGCUCCUCCUGGCUGAGAUCAACCCUCGAGGGACCUUCCUCGUGCGGCCGGCGGAGCACAACCCUCACGGCUUCAGCCUCAGCGUCAAGGACUGGGAGGAAGGGCGCGGGUACCAUGUCAAGCAUUACAAGAUCAAGCCGUUGGACAAUGGAGGAUUUUAUAUAGCAACCAAUCAGACUUUCCCUAGUCUACCGGCACUGGUUAUGUCUUAUACGAAGAAUGCGCUAGGCCUGUGUCACGUGCUAGCCCGUCCCUGCCCGAAGCCCGAGCCCCAGAUGUGGGACUUAGGGCCAGAAUUGAGGGACAAAUGGGAGAUCCCUAGGAGUCAAAUACAACUGAUCAAGAAACUUGGGCAAGGGAACUUCGGAGAAGUGUAUUAUGGGAAAUGGUGUAACAAUAUUGAGGUUGCAGUAAAAACGCUAAGAGAAGGCACGAUGUCCAAACAGGCCUUCCUCCAAGAAGCCGCCAUAAUGAAAAAAUUCCGUCACAAACGCCUAGUCGCACUAUACGCAGUGUGCUCCCAACAGGAGCCUGUAUACAUCGUACAAGAGUAUAUGUGCAAAGGUUCCCUCCUAGAAUUCUUGAGGAAUGGCGAAGGAAAGUCUCUCCAUUUCGAAGAUUUAGUCUACGUUGCAGCGCAAGUCGCCAGUGGAAUGGAGUACCUCGAAUCCAAACUGCUGAUACACAGAGAUUUGGCAGCGAGGAAUGUGUUAAUAGGUGAAAAUAACGUAGCGAAAAUAUGUGACUUCGGACUUGCCAGAGUUAUCGAGGACAAUGAAUACUGUCCGAAACAAGGCUCAAGGUUCCCAGUAAAAUGGACAGCACCAGAAGCUAUAAUUUACGGACGUUUCUCCAUUAAAAGUGACGUUUGGUCGUACGGUAUACUCUUAAUGGAAUUGUUUACAUAUGGACAGAUUCCGUACCCGGGGUUGCAUGGGAAGGAAGUUAUAGAACAAGUGGAAAGGGGUUAUAGAAUGCCAAAACCCGUUGGCCAUUACUUACCGGAUGAUAUCUAUAGACUGAUGCUACAAUGUUGGGACGCUAUACCCGAGAAAAGGCCAACUUUCGAAUUCCUCAAUCACUAUUUCGAAUCUUUCACAGUGACCAGUGAGAUACCGUACAGAGAAGUGCAAGACUAGUGCUGUGAUAUAGUGAUAUAGGUUAUGUACACUCUAGUAUGUGAACAAGUGAAGUGAUGAGCCGUAUUCUUUUCAAAUUUGGUACUGUAGACUGUUGAUAACUAAUGGUUUGCUUUUUGGCGGUGACAUGCUGCUGUAUUGCAAAUAUAUUUCAUUUGAGUCAAGGAUAGUGAUGCACUGUUAGACUCGAUGUGACCAAAGUUACAUAUUAUGAAGAAAAUAGACAACCAAUGGCGGUGGAGUAGACUCAGUCUCCCAAUGCAACGAAAGAGAUAGCGAUAUUUCCGGUUGCGCUGCCAUUGGUUGAAAUUUUGUCCAUUUCUCUUCUCGAAAUACGUCGUUUGAUCGCAUGCUAGGCCUACAUGUUUGUAUCAUUUUCUUAGCUCAAAUGAAUUAUAAAAUGACUAAAAUAAUAACUGUUUUGUACGACGAAAAUUAAUGCACUGAACUAAUGAUAACUUGACAUUUAGUAUGUGAGCGUUGAUUAUGUAUAGGAAGUGCGAGGGAUUAAAGUUUUAAAUUGUGUAGGGUCCUUAGCGAAUAAACGGAAGUAUAACAGGUUUGUGUGUGUCGAUCUGGAAAAUUAAUUGAUUUUGACAAUCAUUUUAGCAGUGUUUUGUAUGUUACGUUACAGUGGUUUUCUCUCCUUCCAAUAUAUAAAAAUCCUUUAAGAAACAGUAUCUCAAGGGAGCAGUAGACCUUCACCCUUCGUUAUUAUUGAUGUCCUGAGGACAUUUCUUAAAUAAGGUUUUUUUGUAAAUCAACUAACCAUGACCGAAUCCUAAUAAGUCCUAACUUAUUAGGAUUCGGUCAUGGUUAGUUAUCAGUAAAAGUGAAAAAAUGAAAGACAAUAAGGAACCAGUCAGGGGUAUAGGUAUAUAUCCCUUGACCCUUCCAACGUAGAGUGCUACCAUCUUAUACUCCAUUGUCACUUAACAUCAGAUGUUAGAUAUAAUCAAGUCUUGGCAAGUCAAAUCAAACGUGUUGAAGUACCUAUUAGAAAGAAAUUUGAACACACACAGACAGUUAUAGUUUCCAUUUUAGUAUUUUUAUACUCAAAAAGCAUUACUAAACUAUACAGGAAAGUUUGAGCUUGUCAUUUUUAUUCACCGGCUUUUCAUAUAAUUUAUGAACAAUACGAAUGAGGUAAUUUAAGAAAAUAUAAUGUAAGUUGACGGAAAUCACAUGGAACUAAUGUAAGUCCACUGAAAAAUAAUUUAAGUAACAUCGCGUCUCUCAAAAAUCGACAUCAAAAUGCCGGGCGGUAUUUUGAUUGAUAAAUAUAAAUAUAAAUUUAAAUAGUUAAAAUUUUUUUAAUUUAUACAACAUUAUUAAUGUAACCGUACGUCAAAAUACAUCGAUCAUUCUUUUAAUGACGAAUUAGUGAGUUAGCUUAAUUUAAUAAUGAAAGAUUGAUUAGGUGAUAUUUUAAUGUUUUGGAUAUUUAAAAAAAAAGCGCAAUUUACGAAAUGUGCCGACUAGCAGUGAUUAUGCGAAUCGGUAAUUGAUAUUGCGAAAACAAUAUAUUAUAAUAUGACUGCAUCUUACUGACUUCAAAGUCCUUAAAGUCCAAAAGUCAAAGUCAAAGUCCAAAAGCACCUUCAAAGUUUGCUCUGGGCUUUAUGAACUAAGCUUCUUUGUUUAGUGGACAUCUUUUUUUUGGGUAAAGUUUUAAUAUUUUAAUUUUUAAGUUUUACUGAUCUAAUAUGUUGACUAUUACUCAGUACAUGAGAUUGAAUAUAAUCCUUAUAUUAUAUGGAUUAUGAGAAUAAAGUGUAAUUAAGAUUACCGCCCGUAAUUUUGCGCGUUUCUGAGAGAUAUCUAAGUCUACGCAAACACCUAUUUUCUUAUUUAUUAGCUGUAGCUUAAGCAUAUUUAGGCAUUACUUUGCAUUUGUACAAAAUUGUUCACUAUCGAUUAAACAAUAAGGUUAAAUGCGUAAUAUAAUAAAUAAUCGUAAGAACAUUUUCAUAUUAUCCUAUCCGACAUUGGUUACUGGUUCUAUACUGAGAAUGAUUCAAAGCAAUAUAACACUUUUUUUAAUAACAUUUUAGAUACCGUAUCGAUAUCGUUAUUUCAAUAUCGAUACCGCAUCGAUAUCGUUAUUUCAAUAUCGAUACCGUAUUGAUAUCGUUAUUGUUAUUUCGAUACUUAUCACCGAUAUUGGGUCGGAUAGUGUAAAAACGCUCUAACGCAAUAUUUUCAUAUUCUAAAUUGAGAUGUGAUAUUUUUUUAUCACGUGAAUUCAAAAUUUCAUAUAAAUUUUUGCACACGCUUCAUUUGUUUUGUUUUUACUUUCAAUGUGGUGCUAGUAAGUAGUCGGCCUCAAUAUUUCUAAUAAUUUAACCAAAGUUGAGAUCUCUGUACAAAAAUAAUUGUAAGAAUAGAAAAAAAUCUGAUGAAUAUUUUAAGAGUUACUGAAUAAUUUUCCUACAAAAUAUCUUGGGAGAUGUUUUGUGAUUGUUUAGAAAUAUUUUAUUUAAUCUUUUUAUUAUAAGUAUUGUUUUUGAUAAUGGUAUGUAUAUUAAGCCUAAAUGUAUUCUUUGAAUUUUGGAAAAAAAAAUGAUUUCUUAAUACUUGUAAAUUAGGUGUUAUAUUCUUUAAAUGAUAAAAAUGUUGAUGUCAAUUAACCGUUUCCCUCAUUUAUAAUAAUGGUUCCAACUUUCAUAUAGUUUUAUCUACAAUGAGGUCGACUAUCCUUAAUUUUAUUCUAUCCUUAAUUCUGUUUUUUGCUAAUUUGCACACAGAACACGAUUCUAAUUUAUAUUGCGUACAAAAUAUGUUCAGUCCAUUUUUAGUGAAAAGAAAUCAUAGAUAAGCUAAAUGAAAACACGUGUAUAGAUAUUAAAAUUAAAAAAAAAAAAUUUGGAUGCCCACUUUAAUAUACCGAAGUUUAUACAGAGUUUAUAACGUAUAUUCACUCGACUGAAAUUAUUUAGGCUCCUUUGCGAUUUUUUAUUGUAAACUUUAAAAACUACCAUAGAUAAUCAAUAUUAUGUAAGAUUUAUUUUUGUAAGGCGAAAAAAGAACGAUAUACUGAAACGAUACCAGUAUUGUACGAGAUAUCGAUACCGCCCUAAGGAACGACACUAUUUGGGAAUUAAGUUUUUGUGGAAUCGGACCUUGUUUUUUUUUUAAAUUCUAAUGUUGACAUAUAUCAAGUUGUCUGAAUGCAAAGGGGCCAAAUUCCUUCACAUGAGAAAAAUAAAAUAAAAAUAGCUUUAGGACCAUAUACCAAAGAGUUAUUGUACAUUACGAACGCAGGAUAGAUAUAUAAGCGGGGGGCAUAUUUAAUUUUAGACUAGUUAGAAAUUGUGACCUGUGUACCUACUGUUAAUUAUUUGACCAAUAUUCCCAAUUUUUACAUAUGUAUUACUAAUUUUUUUGAUUAAUAUGUAAUCGAAAAAUUAUUUGGAACGUUUUCAUAAUACCCGAUAUCAUAAUAUCAAUAUUUAAAAACUUUUAUUAAAAAUAACUAUUAUCAUAACUACACGUUAUUAAAAAGAUAAAACAUAUUUAAAUUUUUAAUUAAUUGAGUGAAACAAAACAAUUUAUACAAUCCACCAAAAAAAUAUUAAAUUCCUUCAAUAGUCUUUAAUGAUAUUAUUUUUGAAUAAUACGACAUAUAGUUACUGUUCCAAAACUAAACCGGAUAUUGUGAAAACGUUUUAACAUUCAAAUAAUAUGCUGACAGUGUCUGUUUAUGUUUUCAAGUUAAAAAUGCGACUACUUUUCUGUCUACGACUUUGAGUUAUAAAGGAGAACUGGCCAAUCAAAUUUGAAAAAUAUACAAAAAAACUAUUCGAUAAUAUAGAAACUAUAAAUAUCUAUAACUAUAUUUUAUUUAGUUUUCAUGUUGUUUCGAAGUCCUUAGAACAGGGCUAUGUUCAGCCGUGGACGUCCAUCGGAUAAUAAUGAUGAUGAUAUUUUAUUUACAACAACAACAACGAUAACAACAACAACAGCAGCAACAACAAGAAGUGUUAUAUAUUCGAUCAAUUAAAGUAAACUCCAAAUAGCUAAAAAUAAUGAUAAUGAUGGUGAUGAUAUUUUAUUUACAAAAACAACAACUAGUAGGAAUAGUCUAGUUGAUAUUAAAUUGUUAAUUAUCGUUCUACUAGAUAAAAAAAAAAUAUAUUUUUUUUUGGGACGAUGUCAUGAAAAUUUUAAUUUUUAUAUAUUUCACCUGUCGGCCAUAAUAGUCUAUAUUUCAACUGUUUAUGACGUCACGUUAGGUUGUUUCCUUUACCAAACGGCGCAUUUCACAAAAACAUUAGUUAGUAAAUAGUUUGACGUUUAGUACAUCAAGUAACAAUAUGACGUCACAAAAUGGACGACAGCAUUUUUUACUUUUGAAAAAUUUUUAAAAAUACGUGAUUUUUAAAUUAAGUUAAGAAAUCCUUAACUUUUAUUAAUUGAUAUCGAUAAUAUUUCCCUUAUUUCAUGUAUAAUACGAAAUCACCUAACAUUGGUUAUAUUAAAUUUAAUAUGAGUCAACUACCCUAUUGAUAAUACUUACAUGAAAAUCGAUUAAAAAGUUAACUCCAAAUAGCAGUUAGAUCUAAGUGUCGCAUUUGUUUACUAUAAAACAUGGCCACUGAUCAAAAAUCCAUGACUUAGCAAAUUUUUUCGCCUCAAAUAAGUAUUAAAGGUAUGCUUUAAUCACUUAACCAUUUCCUCUCAUCCAACUAGUGAUUGUAUAAAUUUGAGAUAAAAAAAAAAUUAUAAUAUAGUGUCUUAAAACAUUCCAAGUAAUCAAACACUAACUUUGGACACUUUUGUAUGAAACAAUUAGAUUUGUAAGAUUUUGUACAUACAAUGAAUAAAUGUUAUUGAUAUAAAA